AUGCAACCGCCAUUCUUAACAUCCGCUCCGGCCAAAGUUAUUCUAUUCGGUGAACAUUCUGCCGUAUAUGGGAAACAUGCCAUUGCUGCCAGUAUUCAUUCUUUAAGAACCUAUCUAUAUGUAACACCCACAGCUGACAACGCAAUCACUUUGAAUUUUCCAGAUAUUAAGCUAUACUAUACAUGGGAAAGCAAUUCCUUAUCCAAAAUACCAUCUCCAUCUGCUUCCAUCGAAAUCAAUGACACAAUCGAUCAGCAGGUAGCCGAACAAAUCCAAAACUUAAUCAAAGAAUCCAAUAUCGUUGAUCCAUUACAUGCCAAUGCUGCUUUCUGUUUCUUAUAUCUUUAUAAAUGUCUAAUUCCAAAUACCUCUAGUCUCAAAUUCACAAUGGUUUCCACAUCCCCAAUUGGUGCUGGUCUAGGCUCAUCUGCUGCUGUAUCUGUUGCACUUUCGUACGCUAUGUUACAAUUGGCUAAUCAACAAACCAACAAAGAUUUGAUUAAUAAAUGGGCAUUUGUCGGUGAAAAAUGUAUUCAUGGUAAUCCAUCUGGUGUUGACAAUUUAGUCUCAACCCAUGGUGGUGCAAUUCUUUAUAAAAAGGGUACUGAGGCUAAAUUACUAGAUUUGUCGAAUAAUCCAUUGGAAAUUCUAUUAACAUAUACGAAAGUACCACGUUCCACAAAAACUUUAGUUAGUAAUGUCAGACAAUUAUAUGAAAUAUAUCCAGAUAUUAUCACACCAGUCUUAGAUUCCAUGGACUCAAUUGCAUGUAAAGCUAGUCACAUUUUAACUCAAAACGAACCUGAUUUCCAAUCUAUAGCAUCUUUAGUUGAUAUAAAUCAAGGUUUAUUACAAUCACUAGGCGUGUCUCAUGAGACUAUUGCCAAAAUUUGCCUGUUGUCCGAGCAGCUUCAUAUUGGCCCAACUAAACUAACUGGAGCUGGGGGCGGUGGAUGUACUCUUACCUUAAUCCAGGACUCAACUAAUGUACAAAAAUUUAAAGAAACCUUAACAGACACAUAUGGAUUUGAUACCAUAGAGACCCAAUUAGGUGGCGAUGGUUGUCUUCUUGUUCCAAAUGAUGAUCUAAACGGUGACGUUAUUAAACAGCUUGAUAAAUUAUUUGAAGAAUCAGAGUCCAACAAAGUUAACAAAGAUAUCAUAGAUUCAUUGUUAUUACCAGGUCCAAAUCAAAAAUUACCUUGGAAAUGA